AUGCCGAGGUCUUUCCUGGUGGAUUCGUUGAUUUUAAGGGAGGCCAAUGACAAGGGCAACGAGAACAGCCCGCCGCUGUUCCCGUACGCGGUGCACUCCGGCCACCACCACGCGUUGCCGGGCUCCUGCCACUCCAGGAAGGCAGGGCUGCUGUGCUUCUGCCCACUGUGCAUGGCCGCUUCGCAGCUGCACCCGUCCCCGCCGUCCAUGCCUCUGCUCAAGGCCUCUUUCCCCGCCUUCGGCUCGCAGUACUGCCACUCGGCACUGUCGAGGCACUCCUCAGCCAACGGCGCGCACCUCGGCCACGGCCCGGGGAUUUACCAAGCCACCUACUCCAUGCCCGACCCACGGCAGUUCCACUGCAUUUCCAUCGAAAGUAACAACGCCAAACUUCAGAGCAGCAAGCGCAUGCGCACGGCCUUCACCAGCACGCAGCUUUUGGAGCUGGAGCGCGAGUUCACCUCCAACAUGUACCUGUCGCGGCUGCGGCGCAUCGAGAUCGCCACGUACCUGAACCUGUCCGAGAAGCAGGUGAAGAUCUGGUUCCAGAACCGCCGGGUGAAGCACAAGAAGGAGGGCAAGGGGAGCGGACACAGGGCGGGGGGCACGCACAACUGCAAGUGCUCGUCCGCGCGGUGCUCGGAGGAGGAGGAGGAGGACAGCCCCGUAUCUCCGUCCUCCUCGUCAGAGAAGGACGACGUGGACCUGUCCGUGUCCCCGUGA